UAAUGGGGCGUACAGGCGCGUGUUAAAACUACACUUCCCUGCUAUAGAAACUAUUUGCGACGCUAUCUUUCAAACACAGAAGGUCACACGCAUGCUUUAGGUUACCCGGAGCUGCUGUUUGAAAGCUGAGGCAGAAAUGUGCACCGGUGAAUAGAGGCAUAGCACAUUUAGACAGGUAGACGGUGACGUCACAGCGUAAACAAGAACCGACGCAAGUACGAAAAACAUCGACUCGGAUACAAAUGUGGUGUUUAAAGAAUUAACGCACUGCUGUCAGAAACGAAACAGGUAGCCUAGCCUGUCAGCUAGCCUUUCUUAAAAACAUCACUGUAACAUCUUCACAUGACUGCCGCUAUGUUGAGGAGCCUUGUUAGACUUCAAAGACAUUUUGGAAAUGUCCUCUCUCCCGGUCAAAUGUGCCCGAGAAGUCAGCAAUUUCGCUUCGCACCGAAUUACUCCUCGGCCACAGCAGAAAGAAAACGAUUUUAUCAAGAUGUCAGUCUAUCCCAAGGUGAAGGUGGUUUAUAUGAGAUAAACCUAGACCAAAGAAAACUGAAGACACCGGGAGGGAAGCUGUUCACAGUGCCAAAUGAAGCCCUGGCCAUCGCUGUGGCAACCGAGUGGGAUGCUCAAAGAGACACACUCAAGUUCUACACGAUGCACCUGAGUACACUAUGCAACACAGCUCUGGACAAUCCCACCCAACGUAACAAGGAACAAAUGAUCAGUGCUGCCCUGAAGUUCCUGGAGACUGACACUGUCUGUUACAGAGUAGAUGAGCCCCAGGGUUUGGUUGAGCUACAGAAGAAUGAGUGGGAUCCUGUGCUGCACUGGAUGGAAAACAGAUAUAAUGUCACUAUUGGCUCCUCGUCCAGUAUUUUGGGUCCUGAGAUCCCAGAGGCCACCAAAGACACUUUCCAGCAGCACCUACAUUCUUACAACUUCUGGUCCCUGACAGGGCUUGAGUAUGUGAUCACCCAGUUGAAGUCUGUUGUGCUGUCCAUGGGGAUGAUUGACAGACAUCUGACUGUGGAACAGGCAGUGCUGCUUUCCAGACUGGAGGAGGAAUACCAGAUUGAGCACUGGGGAAACGUGGAGUGGGCCCAUGACUAUGACAUGUAUGAGCUGAGGGCGCGUACCGCAGCUGGAGCUCUUUUUGUUCACCUCACAUCGGAGAGUUCGACUGUCAAACGCAAACUUAUGCAGAACUGAGAGGGAUAAGAUUAAACAUAAAACUCUCAGUGAGCACACAUCCAAGCAACUCAGUGCAUCCACACUUCUAUAUCCAUUCAGACAAACACCACAUCCAGUUUGUUCUGUUUAGCAGCGACAGCUGCUUGGUUUGUGAUCUGUUUAUAGUCAUUUCAAUCCAGGGAAAAACAUUGGCUGUCUUUUUGCAGUGUUAAUAUGUGGCAGCUGCCAAGUGUGCCACCUCUCACAGAGUUUCCAGUCAUCCGUAACAUUUUGGACACUGUGCAUGGUUUCAAGAGAAUAGUGACUAAUGUUGUUGUCCGCUUUUGCUCUGUGCCAUGUUUGAAUACUGAAAAGCACAUAUGCUGUCCUGACAUCCAUACUAAUUGUGCUGUGUGAGGUGUUUGGUAAUAAAGAGGUUGCAGUAAGUGCAAUAGACGAAA